CCCACCAUUCUGAUCUGCUGUGCUGGUUUUCUAAGCAGAAUGGUUUUACUUGUUUCAACGCUCCUUGGCAUACAGAUGCUUUGCUCCUGGGCUGCCUCUCCUCCUGCCAGCGAAACACCGACUGCUUUGCUUUCCCCAACCUGUGAUGACACUGCAGUAGAAGAGGCUGCAGAUCUGGCUCUUCGCCAGAUCAAUACUCACCGAAAAGAGGGCUACGUACUCAGUCUCUACCGGAUUUUCAGUGUCCGAGAACAUCCUCAGGAGAUCACUGGUUCUGUCUUCUAUCUCAUCUUGGAUGUAGUAGAUACUGAAUGCCAUGUACUCAGCAGAAAGUUAUGGAAGAACUGUACUGCCAGAUUUGCUCAUACUACUGUUUAUGGUCAAUGCAAAGCAAUUAUCUACAUUAAUCAGGCAAGAAAUAUUGCUCAUCUGAACACUUACAAGUGCAUUUUACAACCAGUUCCACCCAGAUAUAUUUGGACAGUAUGUCCUGACUGCCCAGUUGAUGACUGUCCAACCGAGCCGAAAUAUUUGGAGGCUGCUGUUCAAAGCCUUGCCAAGUUCAACCAAGAGAGUGAACAAACUCAUUAUUUCUCUGUCCUCAAUGUCACAAGAGCUUCAAUGCAGUGGGUCAUUGGUCCUGCAUAUUUUGUAGAGUUUUUAAUUCAGGAGACAUCUUGCUUCAAAAAUGACACAACUGCUAACAUCUCCAGCUGCAAGCCACUUUCAUCAGAACAAGCUCACAUAGGUUUCUGCAAAGGCUCUGUAGUAAACAGUCAUUUGGAACACCAACAGUUUGUCACGAUAUCCUGUGAAAUCUACAGUCUGCAGGAUCCUGCCACUGAAGAAGGGAAACAGCAAGCUAAUCAGACACCUGGGAAAUCCAGCCAGAAUCAUCAACAAACUGUCCCUUCAGAAACCAAUCCUUUCUCCCCACACCUAGAAAAAACAGUGGGCUGGGUUAAAAUUCUACCCCCUUCAACUAAGGACAUCUCUUUACGAAACCUACCAGAAAGUCAAAAUGAACAUAAAGAUGGAAAGCCAGUUCCACCUGAGGCUGUAGGACCUACGCCCAGUCUUGGAGAAAAGACUCAAGUAGACAAACCAGACUUGAUCAAACCAGUCACUGGACCAGUUAUUCUCCCUUUUCCUGAAGAACUUUCUCUAUCAGACUCAUGCCCAGGAGAAGCAAAGGGGACAAAUUCCAUCCUCCAGCCUUUGCUGCCUAAAAAGCCUACCAAAGCCUAG